AUGGCUAAUUUUGAACCUAACUUGGGCACGGUGUUGCGGCCAACUUCGUUCGCGCAUGUCUUCCUCCGAACCAAUCGAUUUCAGGAGAUGGUGGCGUGGUACAAGACAGUUCUCGGUGCGGAAGCGCGUUUCGAGUCCGAACGCAUUGCCUUCCUCUGCUUCGACGAGGAGCAUCACCGCGUUGCCAUCUGUGCACUGCCUGGAACGGGAGAUAAGAUCAAGACCAGCGCAGGGCUCGAACACAUAGCGUUCGGUUUUUCGACUCUUGACGACUUGGCCUUGGCCUACCAGCAACGCAAGGAUGUCGGGAUUAUGCCGUCCUGGUGUGUCAACCACGGCAUCACAAUUUCCAUCUACUAUACCGACCCAGAUGGUAAUCAAAUCGAGACGCAAGUUGACACCUUCGAGGACAAUGACGAAGCUACUGCCUAUAUGUCGUCGCCUGAAUUCAAGGCCAACCCCGUGGGCACGGAGUUUGAUCCGGAAGAUUUGGUCCGUCGUUUGAAAUUGGGAGAGAAUCACGCAUCCAUUAAGAAACGCAGUGGACUUGUUGCCAAAGCGCCUGUGGUUUGA